AUGAUGGACACAGAGGACCAGUGGACACAUGCCUUGGCUAGCAACAACGUGAGGGCCAUCCUCCGCUGGCUACGCAGCCUCUCAGCUGAAGGUCAGAUCACUGGCUGGCAAUAUGAAAACCACAUGCAGCAUACAGUACUUACAGCCACUUACUGUGUCUAAGAAUGGUUGGCUACUUUAACAUACUGUAAUGCUUCGAUGAUUAUGAUAUGGGAUCAUCAUUAGUAACAUUUCAUCUCAGUUCAUGCUGCUUUUGAUUAUGACCCAUUAUGUAAUUACAUGAAUUUGUCUCAUUCCAUUCAUCUGUCUCUCAGUGGGAAAUGCUGAUGUGGAGGACAGCCUCGCUACGUUCAGCUGCUGGGUCCAGAGGAUGGCUGUAGUUUCAAAGAAGGAGUUACUCACCCUUUGUAAGCAGAUAUGCACCACAGCACCAGCUAUCCCAAACAGAGCCAAAGGCUAUCGAUCCCAGCUCUUUCCACGGCUUUAUUACAUAGGUCUUCUCCUGUCCCCUCUCUCUGGGUCCCCCUCUCCUCUCCCGUCCCCUCCCCUGUCUCUAGGCUUCAGCCGUUGCCAGGGCCUGUGGAUGUUCCUGGACCACAGCUGCUUUACCAGGGUGCACCUGCUCUUGCAGCGGCUGAGGAACCUGCUGACCCUGGCCCAGUGGGGGAGGAGGCAGAGCGGCCUGACACACUUCUGGCAUGGUACAGUACUAUUCCAACCCUGGCCCCCCUCUCACAAGGAUCAGAUUGUUGUAUGAAUGAUAUCAACUGGCUAGUUGGUUUAAUACAAUGACCUUAUCUAGAUGCCUAGUGCUAGCAUUUGGUAUGGUUGUAACAAUAUAGGUGAAAACAUUGUAGUUUCUAUCAAGAGAGCUGUCUCUCCUCUGUGUGUAUGUAGGUUUGGGGAUCCCGUGUGUGGUCUGCAGGGCCGGGUGUGGGUCCUCAGUUGUGAGGCAGGACUGCUGGAAUCGGGAACACAGAGGUCUGAAGCAACACAUCUGGCUGGGUCGGCUUGUACAGUGGUGGGGCACCACCGGACUCCUGCCCAAGUACCCUGGUAAGGAUGCAUACGUUAACAUUAUAGAAGGACAAACAGUCAAACUGUACAAACCGUUCACACUUUGCAUCACAGAGUUGUUAUUACUGUUUAACUAUUCUUAUAAGUACAGUGUAACAAGUGUUGUAUGUUGUAGUAUUAUUGUAGUGUUAGGGUUGAGGUUAGGGUUAGUCUAGUACAGGGUUCCCCAACUGGCGGCCUGCGGGGGGGGGGGUUCGCCUUUAAAAACACCAGGAAAUCAGCUCCAAGAAAUCUGUUCCCAAGUAUUCCCAUGCAUAAUAGAAGCGUGAUCGUAUACAAAUGUAAGCAAGGUUUUAAAUGGUUUGCUUUAAUCAAACAUUAUAUCUGUUUUGGCUUCUUGUGGUCAAUUUGUAGUCUACAAAUUAUUCGUAAUUUUGUUCUAGCCACCAUCCGCUCCAGAAAAAAUCGGCCCGCGUCUGAAUCUAGUUGAUGAUCCCUGGUCUAGUAUUUAUAAGCACACUGACUCUUCCUCUCCUCCUCGCAGAGGCUCAAGAAAUGAAGCGGAUCUCUCAGAUGUGGAGAGAGAUGGAUCAGAACCACCGCAGGGCUUCCCUCCACACUCCUGGGUAACUCUUAAAUCACUGAUAGGCAGUCUCUCUUGCUCUCUUUCUGUCUUCCUCCUUUACUCCCUAAUCAUUAUUUGUUUAAUCUAUUCUCCACAUCUUCUUUCUCCUUUCUCUUUAUUUGAUUAGAUGGGAGGAGGAGGGAAGGGAAAGGUGGAAUUCACUGAUCCAGGGUAUGGUGGCUCAGAUGGACAAACAACAUGGGCCCAUAUGGACUUCUGAGGACUGCACAGACCAGGGCUACCCGCCCCCUAACCUGCAGGCUCUGCUGAAACUGGUGCUGGUGCCUCGCAUAGACAACAUGUCUGUUCAGGCCAUUGUAUCCGACCAUGGAGAAUCCAUUAAGUGUCCUCAAAGAUAUGACUGUGUUAAUAUGACUGUCAUGUGAACUGAACUGAAUAUACAGUAUUCUUGAUAUGUACACUACACUUAACACAGCCUGUGCACAGCUCAUGUACUUCAUCCUGGACAUGGCAAACUUCCUGCAGUGCAAAGAUAACCUCCUGCAGUCUUUUUGCCACGCCUUCAUCAUCCCUCCCAGCUUCUCCCAGCAGAUCCGGGCCUUCUGGCUCCUCGACCAUGGACACUUAUCGGUACCUUUGAUCUCACAGUAACGUUUAGUCUAUCGAUGUCUAUGUUUUCCUGGAUUUAGCAGGGUUCAACAGAGCCAACAGAUUGUCCUAUGGCUGUCAUUGCCUCUGUAUAGGGCUCCAUGGAGCUGCUGCUGAGCCCCAGGUCUGAACCACCCUGGUUCUCCUGGCAGCACCGCUGCAUCAUCCACAGCCUGCUGAGGAGAAAGCAGCUCCGCUUGGCGCUGAAGUACGUCUACUGGACCAGACUAGCCACAGACACCCCCCAAGACCUCAAAGUCUGUGUGGACGUACUCCUACAGAACAGGUACGGUCAGGUACACAAGCAUGUGCUAUACCAAAUGGACUACUGUAUACCAUAUAUACUCUCUCUCUCUGUAUAGCUCACGGUUUUCAUAUUAAAUCUUGUUUUCUCUGCCCCUAAGCCAUGUCUCAGACGCCUGGGCCCUCCUGAAGAAAGGACACACAGGAAGUAAUGACAUGGUCAGAUACUUCCUCCAUGAAUGUGAGAGGCUUGGCCUAUGUAUGGCGGCUUUAGACUGCAUGGAAGCAGUAUGGAAGGUGAACCCCUUUGUAACACUAUCAUAAAAUAUAUCUAAAUACUUAGGCAUAUACAUGCAGUUUGUUUAUGUCAGUAUUCACAUUUUCUAUUGAAAAAUGGUACCUUUAUUAGGAUGUGGGCCAUUGUACUAAUCAGUCGGAAGAGGCUGAGAGUCAGUGUGGAGUAGAGGGGCUUCCUCAGCGUAAGAGGACCACAGGGAUCUCUAUGGCAGUGAAAGAGCCAGGUUGGAUCACUGAUUGUGACUGAUACUAAUUUGAGAAAUAUCAUCAUCACUAUCAAGUAUUCUGAAAGUCAGUGAAAUGUUGUGAAUUGCAGGGGGUCCCAUUCAUCCGUUCUCUGCCCUGCUGUAUCAGUCUCAGAACAUCAACACUCUCUCUUCAGAGGAUUUGAUCAGACUCCUCAGGGAAUAUAUGAUUGAACUGAGACAACCCCAGCCAACAGUGAGGUACAUUAUUCAAUACAAAAUACCCAAUGUCAGUGUGUGUUUGGUAUAAUCAGUUUUUUCUUGUCCCUGGCCCAGCGAGGUGGUGACAUGGCCAGGGGAGUACCAAGAGAGGAGAGGGAGCUGUCAGAACCUGAGUCUGACCAUCCAGGACCUUAGGCACCUCCUCCCUAGCCCCUCCCCAGCGGGUAUGAUGACUGACAGGCUGGGAGAGCAGGGAGACACCGAGCCACCUGAUGACCUGCCUCUUAUAGCUGAGGUACUUUACUACUGUGGCUUUGUCUGAGAGUGAGUGUGCUGAGGAAUAAUACUUUGGCAAUGAGUAAAAUAAUGAAUUUCGUUGUAUCAUUGCAGGAGAAACCCUGGACCCCGGCACACCUCUCCUCUCAAUCCCUGUCCAAGGAGAGCUCUGAAUCUAUGUUAUCUUUUACAUCUGCCCCCACGCUGCACCGUCUGAGACGGGGCAUCCCAUAUGUGUAUGGGAGCACAGUGAUGCUGCAGCGAAUCUCAUCCCUGCUCAGUGAUAGAGGACAGUGCCAGAACAGGCAGGGUGACAGCCCUUCCCCCCCAGCAGACAUACUCCUCCCAGACUGCCCUGACCGGACUCUGACACUAGAGGGUGCCACAGACCCUGUCUCCUUCAACAGCCUUAGUAAAGACAGCAUGGAGGUGGAGGAGCUGGCGUUCUCCACUGAGUGUGAGUUCAGAUGCACAGGCUAGAGCUGUUUUAUACUCAACAUUUAAGUUGUCGGCUCCUUUUGAAAUAAUGUUCUUGAGUGUUAACCCAACAGAAAUCCAUGUUCUGGUCAUCUGUUUAGGGGGAGUGGAGGAGAUCAUGACCUGUGAUACACCAGGAGACGACGUCUUCAUUGUGGAAGAGGAGGCCGUUCCUCCUGUAGAUGUAACAUUAGACAGAAGGUGACCCCUCUCAAACCUUACAUUUACACAAUGGCUAUGUUUACUUUAUCAUUUCAUUAACAGACUGAUGAUUCCAUAAUUCCACUAUUUUCUGUGGCCAGCAUUGUGUUAUGCAGAACAAUAAAUAAAGGACAUGUUCUUUAUGUGAUUAUUUGUUUGUCAGGCAUAGUCUGAGCAGACUGAACCUCCAUCCUCAGUUCUACAGUAAUGAGGACAACCAAUCAGUGCCCUCUGUAUCUGAGAUCCAAGUGGAGAGUCAUAACUUUCUGACACCUGACUCUGGUGUGUUUCAACUGUUAAUACAAUCUCAGUGUUGUGGCUGUGUUUUCACUAUAUCUACUGUAUGAUUUGACUGAGAGAUUAUUAAAUAAUUUUCCCUUUAACUAAGUACUUUUGUUCAUGUUAAUCCAGAGAAAAUUGACUACUACAAGGAGGUUACUGACAAAAUCAUGCAUGUACCAAGUGUGAUUGACGUGUGGAGCAUCAUGCCUGGAGGGGACAAAUCCGAGAACAUCCUCCCCCAGACCUCCACAUUCUCUGGGGCUGCUGCUGCCUCAUCUCUCUGCUUCCUGGAGCUGGAGCCCUUACAGGUGACAGACCUCUCUACUGUCCAAUUACAUACAGUUGAAGUCGGAAGUUUACAUACACCUUAGCCAAAUACAUUUAAACUCAGUUUUUCACAAUUCCUGACAUUUAAUCCAAUAGAAAUUCCCUGUCUUAGGUCAGUUAGGAUCAACACUUUAUUUUAAGAAUGUGAAAUGUCAGAAAAAUAGUAGAGAGAAUGAUUUAUUUCAACUUUUAUUCUUUCAUCACAUUCCCAGUGGGUCAGAAGUUUACAUACACUCAAUUAGUAUUUGGUAGCAUUGCCUUUGAAUUGUUUAACUUGGGUCAAACGUUUCGGGUAGCCUUCCACAAACUUCCCACAAUAAGUUGCGUGAAUUUUGGCCCAUUCCUCCUGACAGAGCUGGUGUAACUGAGUCAGGUUUGAAGGCCUCCUUGCUCGCACACGCUUUUUCAGUUCUGCCCACAAAUUUUCAAUAGGAUUGAGGUCAGUGCUUUGUGAUGGCCACUCCAAUACCUUGACUUUGUUGUCCUUAAGCCAUUUUGCCACCACUUUGGAAGUAUGUUUGGGGUCAUUGUCCAUUUGGAAGACCCAUUUGCGACCAAGCUUUAACAUCCUGACUGAUGUCUUGAGAUGUUGCUUCAAUAUAUCCACAUAAUUUUCCUUCCUCAUGAUGCCAUCUAUUUUGUGAAGUGCACCAGUCCCUCCUGCAGCAAAGCACCCCCACAGCAUGAUGCUGCCACCCCUGUGCUUCACGGUUGGGAUUGUGUUCUACGGCAUGCAAGCGUCCCCCCUUUUCCUCCAAACACAACGAUGGUCAUUAUGGCCAAACAGUUCUAUUUUUGUUUCAACAGACCAGAAGACAUCUCUCCAAAUAGUACAAUCUUUGUCCCCAUGUGCAGUUGCAAACCAUAGUCUGGCUUUUUUAUGGCGGUUUUGGAGCAGUGGCUUCUUCCUUGCAGGUUAUGUCGAUAUAGGACUCGUUUUAUUGUGGAUAUAGAUACUUUUGUACAUCUUCACAAGGUCAUUUGCUGUUGUUGUGGGAUUGAUUUGCACAUUUCGCACCAAAGUACGUUCAUCUCUAGGAGACAGAACACGUCUCCUUCCUGAGCGGUAUGACAGCUGCGUGGUCCCAUGGUGUUUAUACUUGCGUACUAUUGUUUGUACAGAUGAAUGUGGUACCUUCAGGCAUUUGGAAAUUGCUCCCAAGGAUGAACCAGACUUGUGGAGGUCUACAAUUUAUUUUCUGAGGUCUUGGCUGAUUUAUUUUGAUUUUCCCAUGAUGUCAAGCAAAGAGGCACUGAGUUUUAAGGUAGGCCUUGAAAUACAUCCACAGGUACACCUCCAAUUGACUCAAAUUAUGUCAAUUAGCUUAUCAGAAGCUUCUAAAGCCAUGACAUCAUUUUCUGGAAUUUUCCAAGCUGUUUAAAGGCACAGUCAACUUAGUGUAUGUAAACUUCUGACCCUUCUAGAAUUGUGAUACAGUGAAUUAUAAGUGAAAUAAUCUGUCUGUAAACAAUUGUUGGAAAAAUUACUUGUGUCAUGCACAAAGUAGAUGUCCAAACUGACUUGCCAAAACUAUAGUUUGUUAACAAGAAAUUUGUGGAGUGGUUGAAAAACAAGUUUUAAUGACUCGAAUCUAAGUGUAUGUAAACUUCCGACUUCAACUGUACAUACUGUACAUACUAUGCUGACAACCUACAGUAUUCGUCAACUCAACUGGGUUUCUGUAUGUCUGUGUUUGUUCAGAGGGCGUUCGACCCUCCACUGCUUGAGGAGGCAGUGGAAUGUUUCCGCCGGGACUCCCAGGAUGCAGUGGACCAACCGGAGAUCCUGACCUCCUGUGCCCUCACUGAGACCACCCAGGAUCUGCUCUCUGAGCUCCACCAGACCUUCUGCUUCCUGGAGGAGCUGGGAGAUGCAGGGCCCAGUGGCCCAGAGACAGAGAGAGGCUCUACCCUGGAGGGGGAGCAAGACAGUGGGGCUUCCGGGAGGUACAUCAGGCCCUUCUCUCUCCAGGACUCCUCCCUGCUCAUCCCCCUGCGGAGGUCCAUACGCUCCAGACAGCUGAAGGUUCCUGGAGUGUCUCUGUCCCCUAGGACUAGCCCCAGCCGCACACCCCAGCUCAGCCCCUCCUCAGCCCCAGAGACAUCCAGGGACAGGUUACCUGGAGGGGGGAAGGCCUCGCACAAGGAGGACGCAGCAUGCUUCAGAAGCACCCCAGAGGUUAGGCUAGGCCACUGUAAGCUGGGCAGCUGGUGGAAACAAGCCCUGGAGACCCGGAGGGCAUCCACUGGCCUACUGCCUGCCAUAGAGCAGGUGUCCACCAUCUCACGAGGUAGUGUGUUUGUGUGUGUUUUUGUACUGUAUGUUUAUAUGCAAAUCAAUCGUUUUGUGUGCUUGAUAGUGCCGCAUUCUGCAGACUCCCCAUGUGAUAUGCACAAUUUUAUCUUACUUGUUGAUGAUAUUAAAAUGGAUAGAAAUGACAAGCUACUCUAUCUUGCAUUUAGAAACCCAUUUAGUGUCACAGCUACCAAAGUUGGAAAUUCUGCACCGAUUUGCCCAUAUAUUAAUAUUAUUACUUGAUAUACAUGCAGAUAGUGUGUGUUUGUCUGUAUUGAGGAUUAGAAAUGCCUCUAGUAUCAUCUUCCUUUGUCAUUGUGACGGGGAACGUUGAGAGAGCCCUUUCUUUGGAACAUUACAUUGAUGGAGCAUUAGAAACAGCAGCAGCAGCAGUGUUGUUUGUCACGUCUGGCUGGAGACUGUAGUGUGUGCCUCUGUUGAGUGUGAAUGUGUGUGUGUGGGGCCAUAGUUGGCCUGUUGCGGUCACUCAGUGGGGAGUCUAUAUCCAGAGUGGGACCCAGGUACUGCUGGGAGAGGGGUGAUGAAGGAUGAAGUACAGAGAGGAGGGGGUGUACUGUAGUGUCAGACCAGGACUCUCUCAACCUUGCCACAGUUACUCAUCCGUGGCCCCCACCUCCUGCUCUCCGUGGUAGGGGCCUUCCACUGAUGUUACCCAAAGCAGAUGGAGCUCUGCUGGGCCUUGCUGAUCACCGCUGGACCUGGGGAACUCAUAGCCCCACACACCACACUAAUGCCCUGCCUCAUCGCUGGGACCAGGGCUUAGGAGACCAACACACAGCAGGGGCCAAAUGUGACAUUUAAUUAAAGCUCAGUUUGUUAAAUUAAAUCAAUAGUUUCAGAAAGCAGGUGACCCUGAUAUCUGCUACAGUUAUAAUUUUUUGCUUCUCAGGAAGUUAUGUGCGUUUGUUAGCCUGCCAGCGAGGAUGUGGCAGAGAGUGUUUAAGUGGCUGGCCAUAUUGGCAUAGGAGGUCUCUGUGAGGUUAUAAUGUACAGCAUGACAGUUGUAGCUACUGUGCUGUACACCUCUGAGUGAUCUAAUUUGAAUCAUUUCCUGUCCUCCCUGUCCCCUCUCUCUUCAUCCACAGAAAAGAGGGCCUCUCUCGUCCCAGGUCAACCCUACUCCCACAGUGUGGUCAACUUCCUGGAGUCUCCAGCCAAGCAGAGAGCAGACAAGAGGGAGGUCAAACAGGUACAGGUCAUUUCUCUCUCUGUGGUCCCUGGCCUUACAUGGAGGCUGUCAGUAUAGGGGGAAAUAUGCCAUGGUUGGCCAAUGGGGGGGAAAUAUGCUACGGUUGGCCAAUGGGGGGCAGUGUUGUCCCAGCUUGGAAGUUUUUAUUUUGUCUCUGAUUUGAAUGAUCUCAUACCAACCUCCCAUGAGCCAGCCCAUCCCAGCCCAGCAGGUACACUCUCCCCUCCUUUCCCUUCCCCCUGUCACAACCUACACAUCUUUCCUCACCAGACUCAGUAAUGUCAUCUAAUAACAUGGUGAAAUCAUAUUCAGGCUUUGAUAAUACAUGUUAAAUACUUUUUUGUUACAUUUAAUUGGAAUAAUAAAAAAAAAAAAAAAAAAAAAAUCUGAAGUCAACCUCACUACUUUGAUGCUACAUGCACGCUAUAGGUACUACAUUCACUUUGUGUUUCUCUGACAAAAGUUGUAGACUGCUUUCUUGGCUCCUUCUAAUCUCUCUUGCCACGAGGGCGGCAGGUAGCUUAGUGGGUAAGAGCGUUGUGCCAGUAACCGAAAGGUCGCUGGUUCCAAUCCCCGAGCCGACUAGGUGAAAAGUCUGUCGAUGUGCCCUUAAGCAAGGCACUUAACCCUAAAUGCUCCUGUAAGUCGCUCUGGAUAAGAGCGUCUGCUAAAUGACUAAAAUGUAAAUGUAAAUGUUUACACCUGCCGCUUACAUGGGUCAUUCGUCCUGAUCUUGCCAGUUUACACUUAUAAGAUCUGAUCAAAAUCAGUUCACAAUGCCUCUUUUAAUCAUCUACACCCGUCUAAAAAUGUGGGCACAAUCAGAAUGAGGACAAGAUCAGGACAAAGGGUGUAUGUUAAAACAAGGUAUAAAAGUGGCUUUUGUCUAAUGCAUUGACGGAUCUCACAGUUGGUGUGUUUGACCCCAUGACAUCAUGAUGUCAGCAGUGGAUGUACAGCAUGUGUACUGUAAUGUUGCUGCACUGAUACGAUUAGGCAGUUGUUCAAUUGAGAUGUAAUUGUUUAAUUGGGAUGUAAUUAUCUUAUUGUUUGGUUGGAGUCAAGGGAACCAUAUGGAGCCUGGCAGGUGAAAUGUAAUUACACAAAGUUAAUUCAUGAUGACGUAGUUGAUAAUUAUACCUUUGGGAUGCUGACUGGUGUAUGGACCGUUUGUGUGAAUGGUUGAUGUUUUUUGGCGUAUUGAAUGCUGAUAUUGCACAAUUCUAAAUUAGUACCCAUCAUAAAAGAUACUGAUUUUAUUCCAAUACAUUAACUUGUUAAAACACUGCUUAGAUUGAUGUUAUAAAGAUAAGAUUACCUGGAUGAUUUAUUCCAUGUUUUAUUCAAUUUUCCCACUUUGUAUGGCCACCACAAAUCUGUAUUCCAGUCUGGUAUGGUGAUCAGAUUAUCCAUCUAGGCCUGGCUCCACCUGUUGGCAGACAAAGAGAACAAAGGGGAUGGGAUUUGAUAAAUUGGCAGAUUGGGAGAUAUUGAUGACAAAUGUGUGAAGAUAAAAGUCAUACUAAGCAGCAUAUUAUCGAACCAUCUCCAAUUAAAACACAGCAGCAGCUAUGGAUAAUCAGAGUGCAGGAUAUUAGGUUGACAAUUAUACAUUUUUACUGUUAAUGUCUCGUGUGACCUCAUGAUCAGAUUGGUUAUGGUGAAGCAAGGUUAUGAUGUUCAUGAAAGGGAUGCUCAUCAAACAAUGUGCAUGACACUGGUACUGCUGACAGAUGUAAAGACAUUACUGGAAGGUUUUAGCUUGUUGGUCAACUUGUGUGGAUCCUACUGAAAAUCUUUGUAUGGAGAGAGGCAGGCUGAAUGAAGAUAGCUCAUUGGGUUGUGGUGACACAUGGAGGAGAUUCACAUGAAGAUGAAUGGCCUCUAUUAGGAACAUUUCAUCAGUGCCUGGGCCCUGUGGUUUCAGUCUCCCUCAACCCCCGGGGAACGAUAAAUGACCACAGGAUAUUUCAUCACCCCCUCCAUUUCCCAACUCAGGAUAUGAGGGCCUAAUUGUGUCUGUUUUCUGGUGUUCUGUUGUCCCAUGUGUUCCAGGCAGAGAAAGAGGAGCUGCUGGGUCGGAGGGGCUCUGGGAAGUUGCCCCACCAGCGGGCGGAGCAGGGCGUGGUGAGCCAUAGGGGAGCCAGAGUGAAGAAGGGCAAACGGGUGAAGAGGGCAUGAGGACAUCAUGUUACACAUCUAUACUUUAGUUCUGUGUGUGAGAUCUAAAUUGACCAAAUCCUGUAUAGUCCUACUGUUGUGCUACACUUCAAACCACUGUCAAUCUACUCAGGUGCAGACUGUUAUUAAAUGUUUUUUACUUGGCAGAUACAAAUAAAUAUUUCUCACAGAAA